GGCGGAGAUGCAAUCCACAGCAACGACCACGAUGACACGACGACUUGGCCGGCUUGGCUUGAUGGUGCUACUGGGCCUGAUAGCUGUCCAGGGGAAACCCCAUGGCUGGAGCAGCGGCGGUGGCUCCGGCAGCGGUUGGUCCUCUGGAGGAGGAGGCGGUUGGUCAGGAGGCGGAGGCGGCGGCGGCAGCAAGGUUAUCAUCAGUGCCUGGCCUUCAUCGGGCGGUGGUGGAGGCUGGAAGAGCGGCGGCGGCGGAGGAGGUGGCUGGUCCUCUGGAGGCGGCGGCUGGAAGAGCGGCGGCGGCAGCAGUGGCUGGUCCUCUGGAGGCAUCUCCUCCGGCUGGCCCAGUUCCGGCGGCAGCUCAGGCUGGAAAUCAAGCUCUGGCGGCGGCUCCGGCUGGUCCAGCGCCUUGUCUAGCCUCUCCGGCUGGAAAUCGCAGGCCUUGUCCAGUUUGAGCGGCGGCGGCGGUGGCUGGUCCUCUGGAGGAGGAGGAGGCGGCUGGUCCUUGGGCGGCAGCGGCGGUGGCUGGAAGAGCGGCGGCGGUGGUGGUGGCGGCUGGAAGAGCGGCGGUGGCGGCGGAGGCGGAGGCUGGAAGAGUGGCGGCUCAGGAUGGUCAUCGGGCGGCAGCUCCUCCUCGGCCUGGCCCAGCAAGAUCAGCAGUGGUUGGUCCUCCGGCGGCGGCGGUGGCGGCUGGAAGAGCGGCGGAGGAGGCAGUGGCUGGUCGUCCUGGUAG